AUGGCGGCGCUGAGUGGCGGCGGUGGCGGCGGCAGCGGCGGCGGCGGUGGCGGCGGUGGCGGCGGCGGCGGCGGCGGUGGCGGUGGUGGUGGCGGCGGCGGCGCCGAGCAGGGCCAGGCUCUCUUCAAUGGAGACAUGGAGCCCGAGGCCGGCGCUGGCGCCGCGGCCUCUUCGGCUGCGGACCCGGCCAUUCCUGAAGAGGUGUGGAAUAUCAAGCAAAUGAUUAAGUUGACACAAGAACAUAUAGAGGCCCUAUUGGACAAAUUUGGUGGGGAGCAUAAUCCACCAUCAAUAUACUUGGAGGCCUAUGAAGAGUACACCAGCAAGCUAGAUGCCCUCCAGCAAAGAGAGCAACAGCUGUUGGAGUCCCUGGGGAAUGGAACUGAGUUUUCUGUUUCUAGCUCUGCAUCAAUGGACACGGUUACCUCCUCCUCUUCUUCUAGCCUUUCAGUGCUACCUUCAUCUCUUUCAGUUUUUCAAACUCCCACAGAUGGAUCACGAAACAACCCCAAGUCACCACAGAAACCUAUUGUUAGAGUCUUCCUGCCCAACAAACAGAGGACAGUGGUACCUGCAAGAUGUGGCGUUACAGUCCGAGACAGUCUAAAGAAAGCGCUGAUGAUGAGAGGUCUUAUCCCAGAAUGCUGUGCUGUUUACAGAAUUCAGGAUGGAGAGAAGAAACCAAUUGGCUGGGACACUGAUAUUUCCUGGCUUACUGGAGAGGAGUUGCAUGUAGAAGUACUGGAGAAUGUUCCACUUACAACACACAACUUUGUACGGAAAACUUUUUUCACCUUAGCAUUUUGUGACUUUUGUCGAAAGCUGCUUUUCCAGGGUUUCCGCUGUCAAACAUGUGGUUAUAAGUUUCACCAGCGUUGUAGUACAGAGGUUCCACUGAUGUGUGUUAAUUAUGACCAGCUUGAUUUGCUGUUUGUCUCCAAGUUCUUUGAGCAUCACCCAGUACCACAGGAGGAGGCCUCCUUAGCAGAGACUGCCCUUACAUCUGGAUCCCCUUCUGCACCCCCCUCAGACUCUAUUGGGCCCCAAAUCCUCACCAGUCCAUCUCCUUCAAAAUCCAUUCCAAUCCCACAGCCCUUCCGCCCAGCAGAUGAAGACCAUCGGAAUCAGUUUGGGCAGCGAGACCGGUCCUCCUCAGCUCCCAACGUGCAUAUAAACACAAUCGAACCUGUCAAUAUUGAUGAAAAAUUCCCAGAAGUGGAAUUACAGGAUCAAAGGGAUUUGAUUAGAGACCAGGGGUUUCGUAGUGAUGGAGGGUCAACUACAGGUUUGUCCGCCACCCCACCUGCCUCAUUACCUGGCUCACUCACUAACGUGAAAGCCUUACAAAAAUCUCCUGGACCUCAGCGGGAAAGGAAAUCAUCAUCAUCCUCAGAAGACAGAAAUCGAAUGAAAACACUUGGUAGACGAGAUUCAAGUGAUGAUUGGGAGAUUCCUGAUGGACAGAUUACAGUGGGACAAAGAAUUGGAUCUGGAUCAUUUGGAACUGUCUACAAGGGAAAGUGGCAUGGCGAUGUGGCAGUGAAAAUGUUGAAUGUGACAGCACCCACACCUCAACAGUUACAGGCCUUCAAAAAUGAAGUAGGAGUCCUCAGGAAAACACGACAUGUGAAUAUCCUACUUUUCAUGGGCUAUUCAACAAAGCCACAACUGGCUAUUGUUACCCAGUGGUGUGAGGGCUCCAGCCUGUAUCACCAUCUCCACAUCAUUGAGACCAAAUUUGAGAUGAUCAAACUUAUAGAUAUUGCUCGGCAGACUGCACAGGGCAUGGAUUACUUACACGCCAAGUCAAUCAUCCACAGAGACCUCAAGAGUAAUAAUAUAUUUCUUCAUGAAGACCUCACGGUAAAAAUAGGUGAUUUUGGUCUAGCCACAGUGAAAUCUCGAUGGAGUGGGUCCCAUCAGUUUGAACAGUUGUCUGGAUCUAUUUUGUGGAUGGCACCAGAAGUAAUCAGAAUGCAAGAUAAAAACCCAUAUAGCUUUCAGUCAGAUGUAUAUGCAUUUGGGAUUGUUCUGUAUGAACUAAUGACUGGCCAGCUACCUUAUUCGAACAUCAACAACAGGGAUCAGAUAAUUUUUAUGGUGGGACGAGGCUAUCUAUCUCCAGAUCUCAGUAAGGUACGGAGUAACUGUCCAAAAGCCAUGAAGAGAUUAAUGGCAGAGUGCCUCAAAAAGAAAAGAGACGAGAGACCACUCUUUCCCCAAAUCCUCGCCUCCAUUGAGCUGCUGGCCCGCUCACUGCCGAAAAUUCACCGCAGUGCGUCAGAGCCCUCCCUGAACCGGGCUGGUUUCCAGACGGAAGAUUUUAGUCUGUAUGCUUGUGCGUCUCCUAAAACACCCAUCCAAGCAGGGGGCUAUGGUGCGUUUCCAGUCCAUUGAAACAAACUAAAUGAGGGAGACAUUAAAGAGAAUUUGCAGCCUUCAAGUAACCACUCCAUCAUGGCAGCAUCUGCUCUUUAUUUCUUAAGUCUUGUGUUCAUACAGUUUGUUAACAUCAAAACACAGUUCUGUUCCUCACAUCUUUUUCUAAAAGAUACAAAAUUUUCAAUGCCUAA